GGGAGCUGGGGCUGUAGAACCUGCUCAAUAGGCACAGGGUGGGCCCGGCACAUGGAGAAGCGAUGACAGAUUGAGUUUCAGAUGGAGUGCAGCAAUCCAGUUUGGAGUUAACACAAGCUGCCUUGUCCUCGCCGCACUGUGACACCAAAUACUUCAAUUCAGGGAGCAGGUACUGUCACACCUCCUCAUCCUCCAUGCGGGUCACCAGGUGCUGCAGCUGCUGGGAGGGACAUGCCCUGUUGGAAUCUAGGGGAUCCACAUCCGAGCAGCAGGACUUCUGGCGUGACAGAGGAAACUCAUCCCCUCGUGGUAUUCCUGCAAUACUCCUGCAGCACUGCCAGGCACUGCCAUCCAAAAGAGCUGCAGGAGAUCAAAGGUCUGGAAAGAUGACUCGCUGCCAGGUGGUUUCCAUCCUCUUGCUUUCCUUCCUUCCCAGCACUGCAGCUGGGGGUUCAGUUCCCACCCUCGUUCCCCGGUCCACGCUGCAGCUGGGCAGAGCGCGGUUCUUGGCACAGCCUGUGUUGGAGUUGGCUACGCGCUGUGACCAGGCGUAUGUCCAGUGGGAGGCCGCUCUGCUCCCCCAGGACUUCCAGGAGUACCUCUUUUAUUAGACACUGCACGCCAACGGCACCCGCACCCUCACCACAGUGGAGCUGAGCCCCGGUGAGGGCAGCAUGGAGAGGAGGUGGCCAAGGAGGCGCACGCGGCGCAAGCAACAGAUUUAUGGCACGGAUGGACAGUUUUCCAUCAGCGGGAACCACUUCCUGAUGGACUACCCCUUCUCCACCACAGUUAAGAUCUCCACGGGGUGCACAGGGGUGCUGCUGUCCGAGCAGCACAUCCUCGCGGCUGCCCACUGUGUCCACAAUGACCAAGAUUAUGUGAAGGGUGCCAAGAAGAUCAAGGUGGGCUUCCUGACGCCAGCCAAUGGCACGGGGAGGCCGGUGAUGCGCUGGGCUCAUGUGCGACGCACGCAGGUGCCCAAGGGUUGGAUCCAGAGCCUCAACUCAGUCAGCAUGGACUAUGAUUAUGCCCUUUUGGAGCUAUGCAGACCACACCAGCGCCCGCACAUGGAGCUGACGGUGGCUCCAGCAGCAGAGGAGAUGGCUGGGAAGAGGAUUCAUUUCUCAGGGUUUGACAGUGACCGGCCAGGAGAGCUGCUAUACCGCUUCUGUGGGGUGGAGGAUGAGACGGCACACCUCAUCUACCAGCACUGCAAUGCCAGGCCUGGCGCUUCCGGCUCUGGGGUGUAUGGCAAGGUGUGGGAUCCCAUGCAGCACAAGUGGGAGAGGAAGGUGAUUGGCAUCUUCUCCGGGCAUCAGUGGCUGGAAGUCGGGGGGGAGCAGCAGGACUAUAAUGUUGCUGUUCUCCUGACUGCUCCCAAGUUUGCUCAGAUUUGUUAUUGGAUCAAAGGGGACUAUAAAAGCUGCCAGAAUUAAUGAGAAUUGGAACUUUCCUCCUCCCCUCCCCGGUGCAGAUGGCUCUGAGUGUGGUGUUUGUGAGUGAGCAUGAGGCUGAGGAGUGUGAGGAGCAUUGCCUGCUGAAACUGCUCCACUCACUGCUAAACUUCAUUCUGUCCUGGAGUAAUAUGGUCUCUGCAAAACACAUGGGAUCCAGUGGAGAGACGCAACUAAGCCUGAGGAGUGUACAAGCUCCUUUGGUGAACUCAGUGUCAGAGUCAUUUGCUGAAAGAGCCACUGGGUCUGGUGGCUGCUGCCUGCAGCAGGUUAACAGCUAGCAGUUCUGAGAGGCAGCCACAGGCUUGCUGCCCAGCUGCACUUUUUCUCCUGGGUCACUUCAGGUGUCUUGGUUUGUUAGCUGCACUGCCAGCUUGGCACUGCCCCAGUUCUGUGAGGACAAAGGACUUUUUCUUCUUCUAAUGGUGCCUUUGUGUGCCUAAUGAAAGAUGCCUGAAAAGCAACCCUGGAGCCUGAGGUUUUUGGGCACAAUGCUCCAGCAAGUACAGCCAGGGCAGGAGGGGCUGCUCCAGCAUGUUGGCAGCCCUGGUCUUUGAUCACACCCCUGGCAAGAGUGGCUCUUCUGACUGCUGCAGUGUGGUUCCAUGUAGGUACAUACAUGCUGCAGCAUAGGCUAAGAGCUGGGAUCACCUACUUACUUGUAAACCUUCUCAUCUCUCUUUAAUUCUCUGUGGGAUGGAUGGCUUUAGAAGGAAGGCAUUAACUGCAGCUGUAAUAUUUGAGAUGAAUUCUUUUAAGCAAAUACACGUAUUUGAAUAAAU